AUGAACGACGGCAGGCAGCGUCAGUGGGUAGCGGCGGCGGCCGUGGCGGAAUCCAGGAAGCGGAAGGAGAGGGACGUCGCCGCCGAAUUCCGGCGGGUCCACCUGACGACGAGGCACGAGCCGCCGCCGCCGGCGCAGAAGUCUCCGGCGGCGGCGGGCGGCGGCGGAAACAGGCUGCUGGCAGGGUACCUGGCGCACGAGUUCCUCACGUUGGGGACGCUCUUCGGGCAGCGGUGGGACCCCCCGGCUGCCGUGAAGCCGCCGGCGCCGCCGCUUCGGGCUGUGGGGAAGAGCGGUGCUCCCCCGCCCCCGCCGUCGGCUGGGGAGGCGAAGCAGGGGAAGCCGCCGAGUGGAUACGCUGAGGUGGCGUGCCUUUUGAAGGCGGAGGGGGCCCACAUACCCGGAAUCGUCAACCCGACACAACUGGCUCGAUGGCUCCAGAUGUGA